AAGAAUCGAGUGAGAAACAUCGAGCGAACACUUGCGCGGAAGGGCGAUUCCAUCCCCGAAGACGUGAAGGAGAAGAUGAGGCAGCGGAUCGCUCAGCUGAAGACGGAGUACGAGGAGAUCGUUUUGGCUGACAAGGAGAGGAAAUAUUCGAUACGCUACCGAAAGGUGAAAUUCUUCGAGAGGAAGAAGUUGGAAAGAAUGCUUUCUCGGAAUGCUAAGGAAAUCAGGGAAUCGGAUCCAAACAGCGCAGAGUUCGCCCGGUUGACUUCAGAUAGAAAGCAGAUGCUGGAGGACCUGCAGUACGUCCUUUACUUCCCACGAGACAUGAAGUAUGUCUCUGUGUUGAACAAUGAC